AUGCAUCUCUACCAUACGAACACGAACCCCUCAUUGUUCCUUGAAGCUUAUGGGCCUAUGGACUUGAGAAGGGUCCUUAUACUACAACGCUAGAUCCAUGAGAAAACACUGACAAGCUUCCUCAGCAUCCAAUUUUCAGCCCAGCCUACAGUUACCAGAAUGCCUGAGUGGAACCGAAUGUUGGCGUACACGGUCGCCGUUGCUGCUUUGGCGCAGUGUCUAAUCUCCACGACAGACUCCACGGAAACACGUGCUGCAUUCUGGGACAACGCUGCCGGAAGACAGCCCUAUAAGAAGCGCGACAUGCACACCCUCAAUGCGCUGCUGUCACCACCAGAUCGGUCUGACGUAACCGUGGAUGAAGUGGCAGAUCUGAUAUCACACGUCCCCGCUAUGGCCAAAGCACUAGUGGAACGCUUCGUGGAUAGAGACGGAGACGGACUAAUAAGUGACGAAGAACUGAUGGAUCUUUGGAAAUGACACGUCACGUGAUGCGGAUAUAUCAACUUGUGACGUCACUAUGUACAUUCAGAGAAAAUAUGUAAAGUCACAAGAUAACCGAUGGACUUUAUGUAAUGAAAAUACCAUCGAGUUUGGAUGUCAUCAAAUUGUCUCAUCUUUUCCGAGAAAAUCCUGCUCAUUUUAAUCGCUUUAAAAAGCAGUGUUUCCAUAUUCAGUAAAACGAUAUUUCGUGCAUCUAAUAUAUGAUGCUUAUCGGAAUGCAUUACAUUGCUUUAUCGAAACUCAGAAUCUAAUUCUAUACAUAAAGUUCAAAUUCCAUACGAUUCAUUCCAACACAUGCCUGUUCGAUGAUAAGUAACCACACUAAGUCAUUUGAUGGUACCUUCAGAAUUAACUAUAACUAUUUGUAGUGAAAACAAGAAUAAAGAAAUUUGGUCGAUA